CCUCACAAUAGUCCCAUCUGAUACCAAUAUUAGUAAAAAUGUUCCUGAGUGAUCUCUUACAGAUCUCUCACCAAAGCUAGAAUAACUAGUUAUUCCUUACAGGCUGAUUUUACCGGGAGAAAGUUGAGAUCAUCUUACAUCUUGGUGCAAUGCUUCAUACAUCCAAUUGACAACCUUAUUUGGAAGCAUGGCUAGCCUUCGGAUUUAUACUCGGAACUUUCCUCAGCGUACUGUUGUUCUUGCAACCUCUGACUACGCGUUACUAUUCAAGUCCGAAUCUCCCAGCGAAAGGCGUCGCAACGGCGGCACCGUGCCGCGUUGCCGAGUCGACCUUGUCCCGGUAUCCUCCAUCCAGUUUGAAGAUUACCAAAUCCAGGGUAAAGGGUUUGGUACUCUCGGACUUAUCCACCUGGACGAAGAUGUUUUCGUAAGCGUUAUCACUGGCUCCUCGAAAGCCGCCACGGUACGACCCGGGGAAUCAGUUUUCAGAAUAGACAAGGUGGAGUUUUUUUGUUUGAGCGACUCCAGAUACGAAGAUCAACUAUAUCAUGAUGUGGACUCCUCUGUCCCAGUUGAGGUAACUGAGACUGAAGUAGAGUAUGAAACCAGGGAUACGGCUAUCGAUGUCCCUUUUUUGGCUCUGAAGAAACUACUGAGCGAUGGGAGCUUUUACUACAGCCUUGAUUUCGAUCUUACAGCUCGGUUGCAAGAUCGAUCCGAUAAAUCCGCAACUUUUGAUAUAGAGUCUCUGGAUGAGGACAUGCUCUGGAAUGCAUACCUCAUAAACCCCCUUCUCAUUUUCAGAAAACACCUAGCCCUGACCGAGAAGAAUCACCUCGAUUCUUCGCGCAUCUUGACGUGUGUGAUACGAGGCUUUUGUGGCACACUAACGAUACCAUCUUCCGUCCCAAUCAUUCCCCGGGGACAUACGCGACUUCCUUCCUCGCUUACAAUAAUAUCUCGUCAGUCAUCUCGACGUGCGGGAACAAGGUUUAAUUCCCGUGGCAUAGACGAUGAUGGUCAUGUCGCCAAUUUUGUUGAGACCGAGACAAUACUCUGGAUUGCUCCUCAUCUUACCUUUUCCUACGUUCAGUUGCGUGGAUCAGUGCCGAUCUUUUGGGAGCAGGCUACUGGUUUUAUCCCAGGACAGCAGAAAAUUGAAAUAACCAGAUCCGUCGAGGCGAGCCAACAUGCGUUCCAUAAACACUUCAAGAACCUGGAACUGAAGUAUGGUGCAAUACAUGUAAUAAACCUUCUGAGUGAACUCAGGCCGGGGGAAGUAGAGCUUUCAAGAAGAUUUCGGGAACUUAUCAAAGGAGACCGUACAAGUCAAGAAACUGGACUUGGAGCCCUUUCGGACCAUAGUCUUCUACAGCUCACGGAAUUCGAUUUUCAUGCUGAAACCCGAGGACCAACUGGGUAUGGCGCCAGCAGCCAGAUCAAACCCGAGAUAUUUCACUCUCUGCAAGGCUUUGCCUACUUUCAAGAAGAGGAAUCUGACCUUGGAACCCCCAAUCAAAACCAGAAACCACUGGGUAACACCGUCAUCCUACAGCAAGAAGGGGCUUUCCGAACCAACUGCCUCGAUUGUCUCGAUAGGACGAAUCUCGUACAAACUAUAAUAAGCACCAUGGCUCUUGAUGCAUUCCUUCAUCAACAAGGGAGUACAAUCGGCGAUAAUCUACAACUGAGACAUUCAACCUUGUGGGCCGACAAUGGCGAUGCUUUGUCCAAAAUAUAUGCUGGCACUGGCGCCCUGAAAAGCUCAUUCACACGCCAUGGCAAGAUGUCCUUCGCAGGUGCACUUGCAGAUGUCCGAAAAACCGCGGCGCGCAUCUAUGUCAACAAUUUCUCUGACAAAGCUCGCCAACAAACAAUAGAUAUUCUAUUGGGGCGAUUAACAGGCCAGAUCCCCGUACUUCUAUUUGACCCGGUUAAUGAUCGAGUUGCAACCGAGCUGGCUCAGCUAUCAUCCAACUAUUCGUCUUCCAAAUCGAUUCAAAUCUGGGCUGGGACAUUCAAUCUCAAUGGGCGUCAUCCGGGGCCCAGUACAGAUCUACGGCCGUGGUUGCUUUCAGGGUUCACCCGCCAGGAUGACAGCCCACGGAUUUUUGCAGUCGGGUUUCAGGAAAUUGUUACGCUAAGUCCACAGCAGAUAAUGUCGACUGACCCUACAACCCGAAAAGUGUGGGAGCAGAAUGUUCAAAGCUGCCUCAAUUCCGAAGCGAGCUCCAGGAAACUUCCUAAGUAUGUGCUCUUGCGAAGUGGUCAACUCGUUGGAGCUGCUCUUAUGGUAUUCGUGAGAGGGGAUAGCCUGAAAUACAUCAAGAAUGUUGAAGGUAGUGUGAAGAAGACGGGCCUAUCAGGAAUGGCCGGCAACAAAGGAGGCUGCGCCAUUCGCUUUGACUACUCAAAUACGCGCAUCUGUUUUGUGACUGCCCAUCUUGCUGCUGGGUUCGCUAAUUAUGACGAGAGGAAUAAAGACUAUGAUACCAUCCUACGUGGGCUCCGCUUCUUGAAAAACAGAAGUAUUGAGGAUCAUGACACUAUCGUAUGGCUUGGGGACUUCAACUAUCGGAUCGGUCUUGGCAGUCAACUUGUCAGAGAAUUGGCACUUCAGGGAGAUUACCAGAAGCUUUACGAUAAUGACCAGUUAAAUCUACAAAUGCUAGCAGGUAGAGCCUUCCACUUCUACACUGAAGGACCUAUCACAUUUCCUCCAACAUAUAAGUAUGAUAUUGGGAAUGAUCAUUAUGAUACCUCGGAAAAAGCACGUAUACCCGCCUGGUGCGAUAGAGUCCUCUGGAAGGGAUCGAAUCUACGUCAAAUUCAUUACAGCACUGCGAACCUGCGAUUCUCCGAUCAUAGGCCAGUUUGGGCCGUAUUUACAUGCAUAAUCAGCAUUGUUAAUGAGGAACAGAAAGCCCAUCUGCAGCAUAAGCUUUAUAGCAAAUACCGGCACAGCACACGCGCUGUAGUCGCGAGUGAGCCCAAAAACGCAGAUGCCAAUACUGGAAAGCUGUAUCACUCAGGAAUUGCUACGCGGACUCAGGAGUCAGCUACUAGCGCUGCAUAUGACAAAUGGUGGUUAAACCAUGGCGAGUCUGUGCGGUCACAGGUGAAACCUCCCUCCAACAACCUCAUCUGGAAUAUUCAACGUAUACCAAAUCCCUUUUCCUGGGAUGACAACGAUUGGGCUCAAGCAUCGCCGUCUACUGCAAUCGAGAAUGGUGCACUCAAACCCCCUCUGCCACCAAGGAUGAAUCUUCCAGGCUAUGAAAGACAUCGGGUCUGCUAUGAAUCAAAGCGAGAGCACAUUGAUGCUACUAUUGACGUGCCUGGAGAGCCAUAUCAGGACAAUCCAAAAUCUCAGAAAACGAGUAAAACAGCUUCUUGGAUGAUGGAAUCAUAUCAUACAAGUCCACGGCUACCGGUAAGCACGACACAAACACUUGCGGGAGACAAUUCGCCUGGACCGUACCAUUCACGCCCACAUAAUAUCGCUGAGCGGUUGGUGACCCAUACGAAACAUGAUCUAUUGGGCGAAGCCAUCAAUGAUAGGCUCACUUGGGAACCGCUCAAUCCCGGAAAAUAGAAUCUUGUCUUUACCUAGACUCACAGAUGAUUUAGUACUAUCUGAUCUGCAGAGCCCGGUCCACUGGUAUCAAAC